CUUUGUUCUUGAGUAUGCCAGCGGGGGAUCAUUAUACAAAAUGAUAUCCAGGAAAGGAAAACUACCAAUGGAGAGAGUCAAGUUCUACACUGCAGAGAUUGUGAUCGGACUCCAGUUUCUGCAUUCGAAUGGCAUCGUUCAUUGUGAUCUCAAGCCUGAUAACAUCUUGGUGGAUAUGGACGGACACAUUAAAAUCUGUGAUUUUGGCCUCUCUGCUGAAGGACUGUUUGGCGAAAAGAUGAUCUGCAGAUUGUCAGGAACCCCAGGCUACCGGGCCCCAGAGGUUUUGAUAAUGAAUGACUACAAUGCAGGGGCUGACUGGUGGUCAUUCGGCGUGAUCACUUACGAAAUGGCCACAGGCAACCUACCAUUUGCCCCAUCAGUCAGUGCUCUGAGGGAGGUUUCCACCAUUAAGUCCUCAAAACCUGAUUAUCCAAGCCACAUGAGCCAGGAAAUGCUGGACCUCCUGUCAAAACUUCUGGAGAUAGACCAAAACAAGCGCUUAGGAGUGAAAGGAAACAUCAGGGAGCACCCAUUCUAUGCUACAAUCAAGUGGAAAAGAAUGGAAAAGAGAAGAGUGAAGACCCCUUUCCGGCCAAAAAAGCCAUCAGCAGGUGAGUUACCAGCGAUUUCACCAGGAUUUCCUGCUGAUAGCUCCAAGAGAGAGAAGGUAGAAGAACUCUCCUAUGUGGCCUCCACCUGGAAUUGCCAGGAGUAAGGCAUUCUUCUGUGCUCAUGUGGUCCAACAUCAUUACUGCUCGGAUAGCCAGUGACCAUGCCAUCAUACCAUCAGUGGCAUCUAUUAACAUCAGGUCUGCCUGCAUUAUAAAUUUGCAACUGUCUACAGCAAGUGUCCAACCACCUAGUCAGGCACCCCAUUGGAUCCUUCUACUAACAACAAGAGGCAACUUGAGUCAAAGUGGCAGGUAAGUACCCCUUCUCUAUAAGGGCCUACAUCUUCCUUGACCAUCAGAGAUGAAUUUCAUCUUCAUCCUAAAGGGAGCAAGGUUGGUAUAAAGUUUUUCUUAAUUUUUAUAGUAUUAUAAGAUAUAUAGGAUAAAAAAAAUGUGAAA